CUCCCUACACUGCCGCAACUCUAUUCGGGCUGCGCAAACCCUCCUUCCAGGGCUCCACCUUCGACAUGGCGAUCCCCAAAGAGGAGAUGCACUUUGCGCCCCUGGCGGAUAUCACUGAGAACGUGGAGUCUGAGGGUGGGGGUCGACACCCCAACAUGGCCCUGUUCAACCGGCUCCUCUUCACUGCCCCGUCCCCCACGGGGCUCAUGGGAGGGGCGCUGCGCCGCACCUCCGCCCAGCUCCAGAGGUUCCGCCGCCCUUCCGGGAUGUACCCGCCCUCGUUCAGUGAUGAAGAGGGUGAGGACGAGGAUGAUGAAAGUGGGAAGACUUUGGGGCCGUCUGGGGGGUCGCUGCCGUCUGUUUUGGGUCAGGAUACUCAGAGUACCAUAUGUAGUUGUGGAGGGGUGGUUAAUGCUAGGACCCCCCUCAUGGAGGUACAGUUUGGGGUUGGGGUGGAGAGAUGUGGGGACGCUCUCCAAAGCCAGGAAGAGAUUAUGGAAGAAGAGGACGAAGAAGAAGAGGAUGAGGGGAACGCCCAGAAGGGGGCAGAGAAAGAGAAGCUGGAGGAAGGGAACACUGAGGUGACAGGAGAUAUUCAAAGCCCCAUGCCACUGCUCCCAUCACCCCUCCAACCUUCCAGAGACCCAGGCCAAACGUCCACCAGACAACCCCAGGAUAAGACACCCAGACCAGCCUCGAAAACCCCUCCAGCCCCUAGCCCCCAGCAUCAUCCACCCCCGUCCCACAGCCUGGUCCACCCGAGACCUCUUCAUCGCGAACCAAUCACAGAGCAGAACACAGUGAUCCCCGCCAUUCCCAAGCCGCCCAUUGGUGGAGCCAAGAUGUCCUUCCUCACCGUGCCAUCCUACAGCGCCCCACAGCGUCAUAGGAGUGUCAGCAUGGGGUCAGAGUCCCCAUCAGCUCCGAAACUACAAGUUACACCCUGUUCUAGCCAAAAUUAG